GCGCGCGGGCCCCCGGCCGCGGGCGGUGACGUCUCGGCAGCGAUGGCUCCCGCGGGGCCGACGGGAGAUCCCCAGAAAAGCGUGCAAGAUGAAAUUGAAUCUAUUCUGCAGGAGCGGAUAAUGGUUUUGGAUGGGGGCAUGGGGACCAUGAUCCAGCAACAUGCACUGACAGAAGAGGAUUUCCGAGGUCAUGAAUUUAAAGAUCAUUCCAGGCCUUUGAAAGGCAAUAAUGACCUUCUGAGUAUAACUCAGCCUGAUAUAAUCUGUGACAUACACAAGGAAUACUUGCUGUCAGGCGCUGACAUCAUUGAAACCAACACUUUCAGCAGCACCCGAGUUGCACAGGCUGACUACGGCCUUGAGCAUUUGGCAUAUCGAUUAAACAGAGUCUCUGCGCAGGUGGCCAGAAAAGCAGCAGACACUGUAACUGCUCAGACAGGAAUUAGGAGAUAUGUUGCUGGAGCCAUGGGUCCAACAAACAGGACUCUCUCUGUGUCACCGUCUGUGGAGAGACCAGAUUACAGGAACAUAACUUUUGAUGAACUAGUUGAAGCCUAUACAGAACAAGCCAGAGGACUUCUGGAUGGAGGAGUUGACAUCUUACUGGUGGAAACCAUAUUUGACACUGCUAAUGCUAAGGCAGCUCUUUUUGCACUCCAGAUGUUGUUUGAGGAAGAGUAUGCUUCCCGACCCAUAUUUGUUUCUGGAACUAUUGUGGAUAAGAGUGGGCGUACCCUCUCUGGCCAGACAGGAGAGGCAUUUGUCAUUAGUGUUUCCCACAGUAAGCCACUUUGUAUUGGCUUAAAUUGUGCUUUAGGGGCAGUUGAAAUGCGUCCAUUCAUUGAAACAAUUGGAAAAUGUACAACCGCCUACAUCAUCUGUUACCCCAAUGCAGGUCUUCCCAAUACUUUUGGUGGUUAUGAUGAAACUCCAGAAGUGACUGCCAAGCAUAUAAAGAAUUUUGCUUUGGAUGGUUUGGUCAACAUUGUUGGAGGUUGCUGUGGUACCACACCAGCACAUAUCAGAAAAAUUGCCGAAGCUGUGAAAUUCUGUAAGCCUCGUGUUCCACCUUCUCUCUCUCAAGGAUACAUGCUGCUGUCAGGUCUGGAGCCAUUCAGGAUUGGGCCGUACACCAACUUCGUUAAUAUUGGUGAACGCUGCAAUGUUGCAGGAUCACGGAAGUUUGCUAAACUCAUCAUGGCAGGCAACUAUGAAGAAGCCCUGAGUGUAGCCAAAUUGCAAGUUGAGAUGGGGGCCCAGAUUCUUGACAUAAAUAUGGAUGAUGGGAUGUUGGACGGCCCCACUGCAAUGACCAGAUUUUGUAACUUCAUUUCUUCGGAACCUGAUAUUGCCAAGGUGCCAUUAUGCAUAGACUCCUCAAAUUUUUCAGUGAUUGAAGCAGGUUUGAAAUGUUGCCAAGGGAAAUGCAUUGUAAACAGCAUCAGUCUAAAGGAAGGGGAGGAAGACUUUCUGGAGAAAGCGAGGAAAAUUAAAUUGUAUGGAGCAGCUGUGGUUGUUAUGGCUUUUGAUGAAGUGGGGCAGGCAACAGAAACAGAAACCAAGAUUGCAGUCUGUUCCAGAGCUUAUCAUCUCCUUGUGAAAAAAAUGCACUUCAAUCCAAAUGAUAUAAUAUUUGAUCCUAAUAUUUUGACCAUAGGAACUGGAAUGGAAGAACACAACCUUUAUGCCAUAAAUUUUAUCAAUGCUACCAAAACCAUAAAAGAAACACUGCCAGGAGCCAGGAUAAGUGGAGGUCUUUCCAAUCUGUCCUUCUCCUUUCGAGGAAUGGAUGCCAUUCGAGAAGCAAUGCAUGGAGUGUUCCUUUACCACGCAAUUAAGUAUGGCAUGGACAUGGGAAUUGUGAAUGCUGGGAAUCUGCCUGUGUAUGAUGAUAUCCACAAGGAAUUGCUACAGCUGUGUGAGAAUCUAAUCUGGAACAAAGAUCCUGAUGCGACAGAGAAACUUUUACAUUAUGCUCAGAAUCAUGCCCAAGGAGGAAAAAAAGUUGUACAGACUGAUGAGUGGCGUAAAGGCUCUGUGGAGGAAAGGCUGGAAUAUGCUCUCAUCAAGGGCAUUGAGAAGUAUGUCAUUGCAGAUACAGAAGAAGCAAGAUUAAACCAGGAAAAAUAUCCUAGACCUCUAAAUGUAAUUGAAGGGCCUUUGAUGAAUGGCAUGAAAAUUGUUGGUGAUCUUUUUGGUGCUGGAAAGAUGUUUCUGCCUCAGGUGAUAAAGUCUGCUCGAGUUAUGAAGAAAGCAGUUGGCCACCUUAUUCCCUAUAUGGAAAAAGAAAGAGAGGAAAGGAGAGCCAAGCAAGGCAUCACAGAAGAAGAGGAUCCUUACCAGGGUACAAUAGUAUUGGCAACUGUGAAGGGAGAUGUACAUGAUAUUGGCAAGAACAUUGUGGGAGUUGUUCUGGGCUGCAACAACUUCAGAGUUAUUGAUUUAGGAGUCAUGACUCCAUGUGAUAAGAUAUUAAGAGCUGCUGUUGAGAACAAAGCAGAUAUAAUUGGCCUGUCUGGUCUCAUCACCCCAUCUUUGGAUGAGAUGAUUUUUGUCGCCAAGGAAAUGGAGAGAUUGGCAAUAAAGAUUCCUUUGCUCAUUGGAGGAGCAACUACUUCUAAAACACACACAGCUGUUAAAAUUGCCCCACGAUAUAGUGCACCUGUAGUUCAUGUCCUGGAUGCAUCCAAGAGUGUUGUGGUUUGCUCCCAGCUCUUAGAUGACAGUAUGAAGGAUGAUUUCUUUGAAGAAAUAUUAGAGGAAUAUGAAGAAAUUAGACAAGAACACUAUGAGUCUCUCAAGGAAAGAAGAUACUUGUCUCUACAGCAAGCUAGAAAAAAAGGUUUCCAUAAUGAUUGGUUAUCAGGCCAUGUACCAGUUAAACCAAAAUUCAUUGGCACAAAAGUCUUUGAAGAUUAUGACCUGAGGAGGCUGGUAGAGUACAUUGACUGGAAGCCCUUCUUUGACGUCUGGCAACUUAGGGGAAAGUAUCCCAACCGGAGUUUCCCUAAGAUCUUUAAUGACAAAACUGUAGGUGAAGAAGCAAAGAGAGUUUAUAACGAUGCCCAAGAUCUACUGAAAACGUUGGUUAAUGAAAAGAAAUUACAAGCCAGAGGUGUGGUUGGGUUCUGGCCAGCUCGAAGUGUUCAAGAUGAUAUCCACUUGUAUGCUGCAGAAGAGGCAGUGGGGUCUUCAGAACCAAUAGCAAAGUUUUAUGGUUUGAGGCAACAGGCUGAAAAGGACUCUGCCUGCACAGAUCCAUAUUACUGCCUCUCUGACUUCAUAGCACCUCUGGAUUCUGGCAUUUGUGACUAUCUAGGCCUGUUUGCAGUGGCCUGCUUUGGUGUAGAUGAUUUAUGCAGUGAAUUUAGGAAGCAGGAGGAUGAAUACAACAUCAUCAUGGUAAAGGCUCUUGGUGAUCGGUUGGCAGAGGCAUUUGCUGAGGAACUUCAUGAAAGGGUUCGAAGGGAAUUCUGGGCUUACAGUAGUAGCGAGCAGCUGGAUCUCUCUGGCCUACGCAAAAUUAAAUAUGAGGGAAUUCGCCCUGCCCCUGGAUAUCCCAGCCAGCCUGACCAUACAGAAAAACUCACCAUGUGGAAACUUGCAAACAUUGAGGAAACAACAGGAAUUGGUCUAACGGAAUCUCUAGCAAUGAUGCCUGCUUCUGCAGUUUCUGGCCUCUAUUUUUCCAGUCCCAAUUCCAAAUAUUUUGCUGUUGGCAAGAUAUGUAAAGAUCAGGUUGAAGAUUAUGCACUGAGAAAAAAUUUGUCUGUGGCAGAGGUGGAGAAGUGGCUGGAACCCAUUUUGGGAUAUGAUACUGAACAACUGUGAUAUUUGUGGGUGAACUUCUUUUGUGAUGGUCUGUUUGUCAGAAGGAACAAGAAAAUUCUUCCCACUGGAAACAGCUUUCUUCCAUCCACCCCAAUAGCUUGUCUGAUGGUCUUAAAUUUUUAAUCAAGGAACUUAAUAUUUCAAAUCAAGUCUGCCUGGUGCCCUUGGCUUGGGACCAUGAAUGUAUUUAGUUUCUCAGUCACAGCAGCAUACUCUUAUUUAUUUUUAUGUUUUCACAAAGACUCUAGCUGAGAACCUAGGUGUAGAGUGAGAUGGGGAAACUGCAAAGCUUUCCUAUUCUCUGGAAGAUUUUGAAAUCAGGGGCAAGAAUUUUCUCCCAUGGCUGUGGAUAUGCAUGGAACAGAAUUUGACUUCUGUUAUUUUAGUGUGUUUUGGCAAGUCCAGGGACAGAAAUAUGAUGCAGUUCUUCUGCAAAGUCACAAAACGUUUUAUACUGAGUGAUGAAGAACAACUGAAGUACAACAGAUCUCCUUUUUAAAAAUCAUCUGCUCAGUGUUUAGUCUUGUGCUUGGGAAUACACAUUGUUCUCAAUGGUAGAACUAUAAGAAUAAUAAAAUCUUCUGGAGUAGUAUCAGAGAUCUUUAUUGGGAAAUGGGAUGACAGAGCCCAUGGAGUUGUCUUCUUUGUGCUUCCUCUUCCUUUCAGCAAGUCACAGUCUGUCUAUUCUGUAUAAAGGAUACUGGCACUUUGUACCUUACAGUUAAUGUUGUCAAGCUUAAUUCAUACAUAAACAAUCAUUUGUACAUGAAAAUUAUGAGAACAGCAUAUUAUUUUUUGCUACUGUAGACAGCCAGAAAGCUUGGAGCUGACUUUUACAAAAUUUUAACCUUCUAGAAAACUGGAUUUUAAAAGCAAAUAGUACUGUCAUAUGUAACAAUAUUGUAGACUAUUCUUCAGAUUUACCUGAGUGUGCUAAUCGUUCACAACUUUCAAUAAUUUCUGAAAAGUGUCUCAAGUAUUAUUUAAAUGCUAAUUUGUAAAAUACUAGGACAGAACCCCCUCAUUUUUUUGGCCUCUAAUUGUAAACAAAAGACCAGUAUUGUAAGGAAGAUUUUAUUUUAAUAGCUUAUUGCAGUCUAGUAAUAGCUACAUAAUUUUUGUAAUAUCUUCAUCUGACUUUAUGCUGAAAGAAUCAUCUUGUAUCAGCAGUUUAAUAAAGAUGGUGUUAUCCUAUUAGAAUCCUUUAAAUGCCAACAAUAAAGUAUGUGCAGUAAUCUGAACAGAUAAUGUCAAAAUUAAUAUGUGCUUGUACCAUCAACCUGAAAUUAUAGAGGUUGCUAUGGGGUUUUUAAAGUAGUUGUGUGAGUGUGUUCUUAACUGAAUCUUGUAGAAUGGCUCAUCCUGUAAUGACUUACAAAAAUAAUUUCUAAAUGGAUCUCCCCUCCUCCUGCCUCCCUCCAUGUCAAGGGACUUGUGACAAGUCCUUGCUGAGCAGCUGAUUUUUGUAGUGGGAACGGUUUCUCAGUAGAACACUCGUUUAGACUGCCAAAAAUAAAGUAAAAUUUUCUUACUAUAAAA